CAUGUGCCCCUCUCCUGUCUCCACCAGUUCCUGCUUCUCAAUCAUUUGAGCCCUCCUCUCUCCUCUCUUCUCCCCAUAUUUUCAGCUUCCAUUUCCUCUAUUGUUGAACUCUUAUCAACCAUUUCUUCAACUUAUUUCUCAAGUAAUCCUUUUCUAUUCCUUAGUUGAGGUGCAAUUUUUGCUCAAUUCAGCUCUAUUUAUCCUCCUAAGCACACAUUACUCAGAAUUUGGUUAUCAAGUAAUUUAUCAAAUUUGUUACUUCUUCAUUGUUGGGAUACAAUUUGAGUAUUGUUGAGCCUUUAUUUUUACUUCUAUGUCGACGUCAGCAGAAGGAAACGGAGCUAUAAUUGAUCCUCAUCAAAGGCAGCAACAGCAAAAUCCUUCUGGGGGCGGAGGUACAAACGGCGCUUUAACAGUGAAAAAGCCGCCAGUAAAAGACCGUCAUAGCAAAGUUGACGGUAGAGGAAGGCGUAUAAGGAUGCCAAUUGUAUGUGCAGCUAGGGUUUUUCAGCUCACACGUGAACUAGGUCACAAGUCUGAUGGCCAAACUAUUGAAUGGUUGCUUCGUCAAGCUGAGCCGUCAAUUAUAGCUGCAACUGGUACUGGUACAAUACCAGCUAGUUUCUCUACUGUAUCGGUUUCAGUUCGAAGCUCAUCGUCAUCGAUAUUAACUUCAUCCAUUUCGGCUCCGCUUGAUCAUAAGCAGCCGCCAUCAUCACAGCCGUUGAUUUCUCCUGCUCCGUUUAUACUCGGGAAACGCCUCCGGCCUGAUGAUGAGAGCAUUGAAAACGGGAAUAAGGAGGAUGUGGGACCUGCUGCUACGGUUGUGGGUCCCACGUCCGGGUUCUGGGCUGUUCCAGCUCGGCCAGAUUUUGGCCAAGUUUGGAGUUUUGCUGCGGCGCCACCAGAAAUGAUGGCGCCAACAUCAGCAGCGUUAAGUUUGCAGAGUUCAAGAUUCUUUCAGCAGCAGAUGGGAGAGGCUUCAGCAGCUAGAGUGGGGAAUUAUUUACCCAUGACUCAAGGACACCUCAAUUUGCUAGCUUCUUUAUCAGGUCCGCUGCAGCCUUCUUCUGGUAGAAGAGACGCCGACGGACGCUGAAGAUAUGGAUAUUAUUAUUAUUGUUGUUGUUGUUGUUGUUGUUAAUAUAUCGUAUAAAUAUGUGUUAAUGUUCUAGUUUGUUCAUGUUGUGUUAGAUGAGAAAUUGUUGUUGAAUUUUGGGAGUUAGGUUCUAGUGAGUGAUGAAUUAUCGCUAGGAUUAGGUUGUUUGCUUCGUCGAAUUUGUUAGCAUUUAAAUUCUCCAAAUUUUGGGUGUUGUAGCUGUGGGAAGAUAACAAGGGACACAAGUAUCAGGGGAUUUGCUUGUGAUGAAUUUGGUGGGGAUUUCCACUUUUGUUGUUGUAGACCUCAUAAUAAGCUACUUGAUCAAGUGGUUACUAGAGAUAAUAGGGACAAGUGUGGACUAUGAAAACCUGUAGUUCCACAUGAAUGUUUUGUAAGGAAACCGUGGAGGUUUCCAUUUAAUUCAGUUAUGUAAUUUGUUGAAACUAUCAGUUGUGAGCUAAACUUUCCUACUCAAAUUUGAGUGCUAUGGACUUCCAUUACUGAACUUACUUUGUGUUAUGUUGAAUGAAAUGUUUUUUACUCAAUGAUUGAGUUGAUACCAUACUGGAUAAAAUGAAAUAUUCAUUUCUUGCUCUGCCCAAUUCCCCCUGCCCCCACCUCCCUUUCCGAAUCAUUUUAAAAGCAUUGCUUGAUUCACUUGCGACUGAUCGAUCAACUGAUACAUAGGACACUGAGAAGUGAAAUCAAUAGACUGAUGAAUAUAACUUGAACAGGAUCUUGAUUGAUCAUGUGAAAUGUUGUUGAAUCGAAUAUAUAGAAAUGGAGGAAAUAAAAUAUUUUUACACUCUGAGCUUUCUUAAAUUGAUUAUGGACCAGAUAAAUUUUGCUGCAGCUUGAUGUCUAUUCCAUAAAUAAAUGUGCGAUGAGUGCCACAUGAUUUUAUGUUAAUGAUCUUCAUGCUAUAAAUUCCUCCCUAGUACUCAGAAGAUAGUGUAGUUAUUAAAAAUGUUACAGUGUCCUAUACAUUUAAGAAUGACAUGAUGCCCUAUUUUAUCAUGUGCUGCUUCAACUUGGAGGAGGAAAGGAUCUAUACUGCAGCAUCUGAUAUUUUUUACAGCAACUGGGAGGAUUCUGCUCUGCAGCAUCUGAGAUUAACACCUUUCAGCUUUAAUUUUGCAUCCGAUUAGGUAAGAUGUGGUUAAAUUCUUUGUGCGUGUGAAUUUAUUUUUGAAUCUUUUAAGUUUAGAAGCAUAUAGAUAAGUUAUCUGACCUCCAAAAGCGAGAGAACAAAAUGAUUUUGUAACAUCUGGUUUGUCUUAUUUCAAGUUGACAAAGAGCUAGGCAUGCCUGCUAGCUAUCCUGGUAGGAAAACAAGAAGGUUUAUGUAAGUCUGUGGAGAUUUCAGCGCCUCCUUAUGUUCUGAUUAGUCUUAUUUCGAGUUGACACAGAGCUACCUGCUAACUAUCCUGGUAGGAAAUCGAGGAGGUUUAUGUACAUCGUGGAGAUUUGCAGCUCUUUUAUUGUAGAUUGUUUCUCUAAUAUAGGGUGGUUCAGGGUAGUAUAUCAUGCUUUGUUACCUGAAGGCUCUUUUUAACAACUACUUGUCCCUAAGGUUAGUAAGAUUCUUCUUUACAUACUGAGAUACAAUUUCUAGAAUGUGUUUGAUUUUACUGUUUCUUUUCAAACUCUGCUAACUCUUUGAGUUGCUGAAGUUUUUAAACUAUCAUCCGGAGUAGCAAAUGGUGCAAGACUGCAUAUCUGGUAGAAGCUCAUAAUAUAAGGAAUUGCUGAAUCUAGAAUCUUUAAGCUUUGAUUGAUAUUCUUUUUACUUCCUACUUUACAACACAAUUCAUAUACGCUGGGAGAUCCAUGGGAUAUUCAAAGCCAAAGGCUACUGAACCCUGUCAUAACACCAGACAGAUGCUUAGGAAAGGAGUAAUUGCGAGCUAUGUAGUGUGUAUAUGAUGUGAUUGCGAGCUAUGUAGAUGUUAUGGAAUUAAUUCAAGUGAUUUGGAGCUUUGAAGUCUGAGUAAAUAUGUAGUGUGUAUAUGAUGGAGUGAUUGCGAGCUAUGUAGUGUGUAUAUGAUGGAGUGAUUGCGAGCUAUGUAGAUGUUAUGGAAUGAAUUCAAGUGAUUUGGAGCUUUGAAGUCUGAGUAAAUAUGUAGUGUGUAUAUGAUGGAGUGAUUGCGAGCUAUGUAAAUGUUAUGGAAUGAAUUCAAGUGAUUUGGAGCUUUGAAGUCUGAGUAAAUAUGUAGUGUGUAUAUGAUGGAGUGAUUGCGAGCUAUGUAAAUGUUAUGGAAUGAAUUCAAGUGAUUUGGAGCUUUGAAGUCUGAGUAAAUAUGUAGUGUGUAUAUGAUGGAGUAAUUGCGAGCUAUGUAGUGUAUAUAUGAUGGAGUGAUUGCGAGCUAUGUAGAUGUUAUGGAAUGAAUUCAAGUGAUUUGGAGCUUUGAAGUCUGAGAAAAUAUGUAGAGUGUAUAUGAUGGAGUGAUUGCGAGCUAUGUAGUGUGUAUAUGAUGGUAGAAGCCCAAGGAAUUAAGCCGGGAUCGUGUUCGGGGAUCAACGGAUGAUAUUGGAACGAAACGAAGAAUCGAGCAUGCAUAUUGCGCAGUGUGUAGUAAUAUGCACAUAUGUAGUGUGUAGUGUGUAUAUGAUGGAGUGAUUGCGAGCUAUGUAGAUGUUAUGGAAUAAAUUCAAGUGAUUUGUAGCUUUGAAGUCUGAGUAAAAGUUCAAGAAAUUAAGCUGGGAUCGUGUUCGGGGAUCAACGGAUGAUAUUGGAACGAAACGAAGAAUCGAGCAGUCAUAUUGCGAAGUGUCUAGUAAUAUGCACAUAACCUUUCGCUUGAAACUCCAUUUGGGACCCACGAUAUAUUGUUGGAAAUCUAAUUUAAAGGGCUACAACUUUCACGUUUUA